AUGGAUGCGCUUGAUAAAAACUCACUCCAAGCUUCUGGUUUGCCUCUAGCCUUUUAUGGAACAGUCAUCCAUUCUAGAAGCUUGGAAAGUCUCGAGAUUCUCGAAAAGUGCUUUCUGUUGGUGGAUAUCUCAGGAAGAAUUCAAGAACUCCAAUCUGGAGUCGACCCCAGUCAAAUCAAUACCAUCAUUUCAGAUCUGGGAUAUACACCUGAUGUGUUUCCUGUGAAGUAUUUGGAGCAUGGUAAAUUCCUAUGUCCGGGCUUCGUGGACACUCACAACCAUGCGCCCCAAUGGGCACAGCGCGGGGUGGGUCGUGGCAAGGCUCUACUAGACUGGCUUAAUGAGGUGACAUUUGCGCAUGAGGCCAAAUUUGCAGAUUCCGAGUAUGCCGAGCGCAUGUACACCUCUUGUGUCACGGGGUUACUCUCCCAAGGAAUAACUACGGCAUCGUACUAUGCUUCCCUCCACGGAAAAGCAACCCAAAUUCUGGCCAAUAUUUGCCUCGACAAGGGCCAGCGUGCUCUUAUUGGCAAGUGUAACAUGAAUCGCAACUCGCCAGACUGGUACAGGGAUGAAUCAGUCGAGGGUUCCCUCCAUGAAACUCGCGAGCUGAUCCAGCAUAUUCAAAACAUUGAUCCGGAAAGCCAGCUACUGAAGGCCAUUUUAACACCCAGAUUUGCAAUCUCCUGCGAGCCAGAUCUUUUGUCAGGCCUCGGUGUGAUUUCCCAGGAGUAUCCUGAUCUGCCAAUUCAAACUCACUUCAAUGAGGCCCAGCAAGAAAUGAGCUUCACCCGCCAGCUUUUCCCCGAGUUUCGAACAGAGACCGAGCUUUACAAGCACUUCGGGUUGUUGAAUGAGCGAUCUAUCUUGGCCCACUGUAUCUUUCUAGAAGAGCAGGAGAUGCAGACUAUCGAAGAUCUUCGCUGCGGAGUUGCUCACUGUCCGAUCUCUAAUACCACAAUGGAUGCGUUCAUGGUAGCACCAAUAAGAGAGUAUCUACGUCGGGGUAUCAAAGUUGGCCUUGGAACAGACUGUGGCGGCGGUCACGCUAUAUCGAUGCUGGAAUGCAUGAAACAGGCAUUUGUCGUUUCUAACGCGCGACAGAUGCUCACACAAGGCCAAGAUCCUGCAUUGUCCUUACCCGAAGGUAAGACUGGGAACUUUGCGAUUGGAAAGGAAUUUGACGCGCUUGAGGUUCACACCGUGGAUUUGGAGGGUGCUAUGACCCCUGUUGAAGAAGAAGACUCGAUCUCGGUCAUAUUUGAGAAAUGGAUCAUGACGGGUGACGAUAGGAAUAUCGCCAAGGUUUACGUACGUGGCAGAUCAGUGAAAUUGUGA